UCGCUGUCAACACUGAGAGGCUCGGACAACUUGCUACACACUUUUUCUCCCUUUUUGUCACUUUCUUUCUCGGCUCAGCUCCACAAGUGGCUGUCCAAGAAUGAUGCGACCGAAAGAUUUACGCCAGGGCUCGGGCACCAAGACCUUCCUGGAGGCAAUGCAUGGUGGCAAAGUUCACCUUGCACGCUUCAUUCUGGACGCUUUAGAUGGACGCAUCAUCAACUCUAAGACGGAAAACAGUCGCACACCGCUGAUGUAUGCUGUCUGCUUGCAAGAACCUGGGACCAGAGGAAAGUUCACUCAGCUGCUCCUGGAAAAAGGGGCUGAUGUCAACUGCCAGGAUGAGGAUGGUCGCACGGCCCUGAGCCAUGCCUGUGAGAUGGGACACCUGGAUGUGGUCAAGCUUCUGGUGCAGUUCAAUGCUGACCCUGAUGUCUCUGAUGCCUGGGGUAACAGUUCUCUGAUGUAUGCUGCCUUUUCUGGGCACAGUCAGAUUCUGGACUUUCUGGUCCGAGCUUUCAAAAGACUCGGACUAAGACUGGACAGGACCAAUAAUGCCGGUCAUUCUGCUAUUGAGGUGGCCAACUUUUUCGGACACAACCAGUGUGUUCAGAUUCUCAACUUCCCUUGCAGGAGAGGUAUUGGCACAGAUGAACCCCUUACCAAUGCAGGGACUGUAGGGGAUGGAGACCGUCUGCUACCCAACAAGCUCCCAAAGCAUCUUCUGGAGAGGUUCUCCAGGCAAUUCAGCAGCAAUGAGGACCAAUUGCCCGGAGUAUUUCAGAGACAGCAGAAGACCGGUGAGAGUAAUGGGCUGUGGAACCGUUUCAGAUGUCCCAGGAGCCAGUCCCAAGACGACAACCAUCGCCACAGCUGGGCUCUGCCUCCUCAGGUAGAGAAAAGUCAAAAUGAAGGGGUUCACAGUGUUCUCUUCACUGCCAAACAACUGCAAAAUUGCCAGCUUAGAGAAAUAAGGGGGGGUAAAACACUGAACUCUCUGCCGGAGCCAAGCCAGAAAGAUGUCAGCAGAGACACUGGACUCCAAAAGCAAACACCAGAGAGUUUUUCUGUCUGGGGGAAAGCAAAGUCGUUUAACCUGGACCUUCUGAGCACAAGAAAACAGUCCUAUCAGGGUGAUGUGCGUGACAUGAGUCUGUCAGCCAGCAAAUUAAAGAGAGCCUCACUACAGGAUGAAAGAUGCCUGAUAGACAAGAUGGAAUGUCAAGGGAACACCCUGGGCCUGACAAACGAUGCCGACAAAACUGUCUCAGCGCCAAAACCUCUUUUAAAUGGCAAGAGUCCGGCCGUGAGAGCUCUUGAGGAGAAUGUCAAAUCACAGAAAGAAGAAGCUAAUGACACAGCUCCUUCAGGCAGGAGAGAGCAGCAGAAGAGAGGAAGCUUUGCCCCAGCCGGCAGACACAAUAAACUGCUGUUUGCCAGAGGGGAGAUGGAUUCGGGGAAGCUCCCUAACCGUACGCCAGGGUUCAUGGGCCUGGGGACCAGACUACUGCGUCGAUUCACCGCACCAGAGUUCAUGAGGAUGGUCAUAGACUGUUCAGCGAGCUCUUCACAAGGCAGAGGGAGGAUGUCCCGCUCUGAAACCUUCCCUCUCUCUCAGACACAUCAGCAGGUCAACAGUCAGCCAAGUGUUGACAGCAUCAGCGGUGUUAAGUGUGAGUUUGAAAGCUGCUCUUCACAGUUUACCCUUGAUUAGAAUACAGAUUACAAGAAACAGAUGGCUGGUAAUGGAAUUUUUUUACAGCAUUUAAGAUCUGACAAUGCAGUUUAUUUGCUUUGUGAUAUAUUUACUGAAUUAAUGAUAAUCACUGGCUUCUGUUUUAAUUAGUAUUUGCAUUAUUAUUUAA